AUGUAUGCACUUGCAAAUGGUUAUGGGUUAGAGCAAGUUAAAAGUGACACAAGUAGGCUUAGGUACAUUUGUGAAGGUGGCUGCCUUUUUGUAUGCCACAUAUCUAGGAAUACUUCAGGGGGUGGGGCUGAAUUUAGGAUUUUGCAUUCUGAGCACACUUGUGAACCUGCAUAUGAGAAUCAUAGGGUAAAUGCCAAGACCAUUGCUGAAUACUUCAAGAGAGGGUUACAAGAAAAUCCAACCAUUAAGGUCAAAGAAAUGAGGGCAAGCUUGAAGGCUGCAUUUAAUGUAAAUGUGAGUGAGUCAAAGUGUAAGAGGGCAAAAAGGUUGAUUUUGGAGAAUCUGGAAGGUAGUUUUACUGAUGAGUAUAACAAGUUGGUUGCAUAUGUUACUGAAUUAAAGUGUAGUAAUCCUGGAAGUGAUAUAGUAGUUAACCUGUCAAAGGAUGCUCUUGCUGAAGGCAACAGAAGGUUCCUAAGGAUGUAUAUAUGUUUUAAUGCAAUGAAGAUGGGGUUUAAGAGUGGUUUGAGGCCCUUUAUAGGGUUGGAUGGAACUUUUUUGAAAGGGAAAGUUAAGGGUCAGCUCUUGGUGGCAGUUGGUCAAGACUCUGCAAACCACUUUUAUCCAUUAGCUUGGGCUAUUGUGGAUAAAGAAACAAAAGUCACAUGGAAGUGA